CGAGGAGCCGCCCGUAGCAAUUACGUCUGGGUCCAAGCAAACAUGAGGCAGCUGCCAGCCGGCCCGGCAGUCCUGUUCUCAGCUGCGAAGAGGGGAGGCCGGCAACAGUUUUCUUCAGCGCCCAGGAUGCAGCGGGCGAAGGAAGUGAUGAAGGUGUCAGAUGGCAGCCUCCUGGGGGAUCCCGGGCGCACACCGCUAAGCAAGAAGGAGGGCGUCAAGUGGCAGAGGCCCCGGCUCACCCGCCAGGCCCUGAUGCGGUGCUGCCUGGUCAAGUGGAUCCUGUCCAGUGCGGCCCCACAGGGCUCAGACAGCAGCGACAGUGAGCUGGAGCUAUCUACAGUGCGCCACCAGCCAGAGGGACUGGACCAGCUGCAGGCACAGACCAAGUUCACCAAGAAGGAGCUACAGUCCCUCUACAGGGGCUUCAAGAACGAGUGUCCCACGGGCCUGGUGGAUGAAGACACCUUCAAACUCAUUUACUCACAGUUCUUCCCUCAGGGAGAUGCCACCACUUAUGCACACUUCCUCUUCAACGCCUUCGACGCCGACGGGAAUGGGGCCAUCCGCUUUGAGGACUUUGUGGUCGGCCUCUCCAUCCUGCUGCGAGGAACAGUUCAUGAGAAGCUUAAGUGGGCCUUUAACCUCUACGACAUUAAUAAGGAUGGCUACAUCACCAAAGAGGAGAUGCUGGCCAUCAUGAAGUCCAUCUAUGACAUGAUGGGCCGCCACACCUAUCCGAUCCUGCGGGAGGACGCGCCUCUGGAGCACGUGGAGAGGUUCUUCCAGAAAAUGGACCGGAAUAAGGAUGGGGUGGUGACCAUUGAUGAGUUCCUGGAGACCUGUCAGAAGGAUGAGAACAUCAUGAGCUCCAUGCAGCUAUUUGAGAACGUCAUCUAGGACAUGUCGGUGGGGAGGGGUACUUGAGUGGCCAUUGCCACCUCUGCCCCCAAAGAAACCUCAAUCCUGCCAGGAGCAGCCUCCAUGAGAAACUUUUUUCUAAUAUAUUUGAAAAAGUGAACAGUUUGCUCUGGACACACGCAUACACACACACACACACACACACACAGCCCAUUCCUCUGGGCUGGUGGGGGGUGGGCAGAGGUCAGGGCGGGGCUGAGUCUGGCUGGGAGCUGGAUCCAGGUGAUGAGAACCACACAUCCCGGCCAGUCCCUGUCCCAGGCCAGCGGGGUGGGGCUGCCUCUGGACUGGGCACUGAGAGAGCAGUGUCUGCAGGCUGCUGGCCAUGGGGUGCUGCCAGGGAAGUGCUCAAGAUCCCCUACGGAGGAGGCUCCAGUCUCCAAAGGCCCUUCUGGUGUGAGCCCCCUCACCCCCCCCCCCACCACCCUUCUUUCCCACCAUACGUGGGCCAGGCUCCGGGGCCUACUCUGGCCUUCCUGUCCCCCGGCCACUCCCUGCCCACUGACUACACUCCCAGAAUGCCUGUCCCCACAGGACGCUUGAAGGGGCAGCAGGAUCAAGGGAGGGGGGAUUAGGAAAGAGGUGGUGAUGGAGACAGCCUGCUGUUUCCUCGAAACGCUGCCCUGGGGUCCCAGAUGCCUGCCACUCCACUGAGCUGGGCAAGCUCCAGGGAUAAGGGGCCCAUGGACUCUCUUCUGUCCGUCCUGGGAAGGGGGAUAUUCAAGCUCGGGGGUUGGGCUUCUCGGUGGAGAAUCGGAGGGGAACUGUCUGCCGAGUCCACUGAAAUGCAAGAAGCUUUCCCUUGCCCCAGUCCUAGCUCAGUCGGAAUGAAGUGGGUAGGGCUGCCCAUUCGCCUCAAGCACUAGAGUGUUCAACCCCAAGGUCUUAAUAGGUCCUGAGAAGAGGUCACAAAGAUCAGGGACUGGGAGCCAAGGAGCCCAGGUGGCAGAACAGGCCUGAGAAGGGGCUUCUCCCUCCUUUCCUGUCAGCCUCUGUCUCCCUUGGCCCCCAGCUUGGAUGAGCAUCCCCACUACCACUUCCUGGUUAGGGUCCUGAAGCAGUGUGGCCACGCCUCCAUACACAGGCUCACGCAGCCCCCUACAAAAAGCACAAGCACCCAGAGUGGCUCAGGUUGCAGCCCACAAGGGGAGCCAGGGACACUCUGCUUUUCCAAGAUCAGGCCCUGCUAGUGAGCUGAGGCCUGGGCUGCAGUGGCCCCAGUACAGGCAGCCCUGCGGAAGAAGCAUGGGGGUCAGUUCUGUGCCUCAGAGCAGUGGGGGCUCAAAGCCCAUCCCCAGCCCAGCCCACCAACAUUCAAAAGCACAAACCCCAGGGACUCUCCUUGACUGGGUUCUGCUCUGGGGAUGGAGGCUGAUGUCAGCCUGAAGACAGAGCCAGGAAUGAUGGCUGAGGGGCCUGAGGCUGAAUCGUAGGCCAACAGAAACCUCCAGGAGAGAGAGAUUAGCUGCUCCCACCCGUCCAGGGCUCCCCAAGAAGGCACCCAGUUCCAGGUAGCAUGGGCCUUUCCGAGGAACAUUCCCAUACAAUACAUUCCACCGGCUGCCAUCCCGUCUCUGCUCAGGCCUGGCCCUAGGGUGAGCAGGGCCCUCAAAGGAAAGGUGGGAUGGUGGAGGCUGUGGAGACUGGCCUGAUUUGGCCGCGGGCACCCCUUGGCACCCACACACAGGUGGUCCUCUCCCUCGGAGUUGCACUGACACCCCGUCUCCAGUUUGACUCGGGGGUCUUUCUUCCCUCCUCCAGGAGGGCAUCAGCUUUCCCUGGCUCAGGGAUCUUCUCCCUCUCCAUCCACCGCCAGCCCAGCCCUCCCAGCCGGUGUAGCUGUGCUUCUAAGGGGCUAAGGCCAUAGGAAAGGGUCACCACCAUGCCCCUGCCCCUCUUGGCCUUGGGCCAGACUGGCUGCACAUCCAACCAGGAGGGGUCUGUCUCCCACGCUGGGAUGCAGACUGGCCGCAUGUCUGCAUGGCAGAAGUGUCUCCCUUGGGCGCAGCCUGGGAGGGUGGUUCCUGUUCUCAGCGCCCACAAAUAUUCAGUCCUGUAUAUUUUAAUAAAAUAAACUUGACAAAGAA